CGUACUUCCGGUGCGUUAUUUCCUUUCCACAUGCUUCAGAUCCGACUCUCUUAAUUUCAUGAGCAGAAUAAUAAACCCAACAGGACGUUACCAUGUUUAAACUGGAAGGACUAGGUCCCAAGCUGGACCCGGAGGAAAUGAAGAAGAAGAUGAGGGAGGAUGUCUUCACGUCCGUGCGCAACUUCAUUCUGUACAUCGCUCUCCUCCGAGCCACUCCAUAUGUACUGAAGAAGCUGGACAGCAUAUGAUCGGGACCCGUCCCGAACCUGUUCCUCCAUCCAAUGGCAGGUCGCGACCCCAAGGGCAGACUGCAGGUCAACAACACCGCCGUCAUGAGAGACUUCACUGCAGCUGUGUGGAAGAUCAACAGGCCCACUGCCACCGAGAACCAGCCCUCCACUUUUCUUAUUCCAUGUCGUUGUUGAAGAGAAUGUAACUAUUUGUGAACGUGUAUGCAGAAGCAGUAUCAGUGUGUGAUAUAAUAAAAUACAAUGUGUUGAACUCGUCUGGCUGAGACUUGAUGAGUCGCUGUGUUAUGUUUGUCAUAUGAUCCGUCAAAAUAUCAAUGUUUUUCUCAAAAUGUUCUGUCUCAAAAUAUUUUGAGGGUUUUCUUACAAAUUGUGCAUUGACCGAUUUUUUUUUAUAUAUAACAAAAUUAAACGAAGCUCUCACAUUUAUACAAAGUGACCACAAGGGGGCGAUGUUGUCUGUGUGUCGGUCCCGCUAGACGUUAGUCUGAGCGGCUAGAGCAGACCAUAAUAAAGGGGUGAGUGGAAUUCUGAUUUUAGGCUAAAACGCUGAUAUAUAUACUAUGUAUAUUAAGGGUUAACCUCAUGUCGAAUUUCAGGUAAAAUGCAAUAGAAACUUAUUUAUAGGAGAAAAGCGUUUCGGCAAUUUGGAGACUCAUUGUGAUAAACCUUUGUGCAUUUGGCCGCAUGAUGGAUUAAGGCCGACCACAUUCUAGCCUCGUAUGAAUCACCGGCAAACCUGUCAAAUGGUGUAUUUUAGACAUUAGGGGACAAACACGAGUCAUGCAUUUAUUUUCGAAGACAAAGCGUACAGGAAAGCAUUAGAAGCCGCCCAACCGUGUAUCCAGCCAUUCAUCACCCGGCGUACGUCUGCCGAUGGACUUCCCUGGGCACUUCAAGCUCAUCUUUCAGCAGUUGAACCACCAGCGCAUUCAUGGGCAGCUUUGCGACUGCUUGGUAUCGGUUGGGGGACAGAGCUUCCACGCACACCGAUCCAUUCUGGCGGCCUGCAGCUCUCACUUCAGGGCUCUUCUGAGCUCAACAGAGGGCGACGCGGCUGGAGGGACUAAAAUGCAACACGGGGACGGUCCCUGUGUGAUGGAGCUUGAUCAGGAAGUGGUGACCCCCGAGGCCUUCUCCACCCUGCUAGAGAUGAUUUAUACCUCCACCCUUACGCCGGGCUCCUCAAACGUGAUGGAUGUGCUGCUGGCCGCCUCCCACCUGCACUUGAACACCGUGGUGAAAGCCUGCAAGCUACACCUGUCCAAGCGAGACUUCCCAAAGUCGCCCCCUACAGGUUGGAGGGCCGUACAGCAGCAGAAUGAGGCACUACUGUCCCCUCCAACAGGGGACCUAUCUGAGGCCACAUCUAUGCAGCUUGGGUCAGAUUCACCGCAGCGUCUCCAAUUCAGCCUGAGCAACUGUUUCACGGAUACUUGGCUAAGCAACAGCGGAGCCGGAAUGGAGGCGAGUCCGUCCGGUGGUACUCUUGAUCCCCACGGGGAGAUGAACGGUGGUUUCAGCCGGGAACAGACCACAGCGCCGCCCGCAGGCCACAAACGCACAUCGCCCCUGAACGAGGACAGCCCGAGCGGGAGGAAGAGGACGCUGUUGGGGAAGGACCGCGGGGAGCCUGAAGAGGAGGAGUGCCCCGCCGCCGCCGUGCUGCUACCAGAGAGCAGAGGGGAGGAGGAGCCACAGGAGGAGAAAUACGAGGCCGCAAAGUGGGAGUCGGAGAAGACGGAGCUGCCGAGCCAGUCGGACGGCGACGCCAGGGGGGUGGAGGGGGGAGGGGGGAGCUCCGAAGCCGUGCUCAAAGUCCUGGUGGGAGAGGAGAAACAGGAGGAGCGCGAGGAGGAGAACAUGGUGCUCGUCGAGGUGAAGAGGGAGAACCUGAGCACCUCGUCUCCGGACCCCGCGCCCGAGCGCUCCCCGUACCCAGACGCAGAGGGCCACGACGGCCUUCCAGACGUUGCGUUGAGCGACGAGGGAACAGCUGCAGAAGGGGAUCACCGCGGUGAUCCUCACGCAGACACGCAGCCACACCCGGGGGCGGGCGAGGCGGCGGCCUGCGAGGAGCCCAUCCUGGGGGAAGGACUGGACAGCCUGUCGGAGCUGGCCUUCUCCUGCUUCCUUAACCCCGGCAGCGAGGGUGUCAUGGGGGCUCUGGAGGUGGAGGAGAGCCUGGUCAGCCUCACCUCUGCCUCCACCAUCGCAGAGGCUUCUGGGGUCGCUGGAGAGCCAUGUGAGCCGUCUGACACGAUCCACCCAUCUCCCUCCUCCUCCUCUCUGGUCUUCCCAGUCACCACGGUGCCCCUGCAGCAGCUCCUCUCCACGCAGACCCCUGGCUUCAGCGACACCCUCCUCCUCCAGCCCAGCCAGAGCUCUCUGGGGGGAUUCUUGGGGAGUGUGAGGCCAGCUCUGGGUCUCCAGCCCGCCGUCUCGCCCACCCCCAGCGGCGGGAGAACCAGAGGAGGUGGAGGCUUCACGACGGCGUCGCCCGGGCUCCGACGCAUCGCCCCCAAAGCCCCGGCGGCGGGUUCGGAGACGGACCCGGACCCUUGCUCCUCCUCGGGGUCGGGGGACCGUCCGGCGCUCACCAGGGCGUCGGAGGAGGUGCUCUCCAAGUGCAGGAAGGCGGCGGCCGAGGACCACGUGGUGCUGGUGGAGGGGGAGAAGAAGUACGCCUGCAGCAUCUGCCUCAAGACCUUCAUGAACCUGACGGACUGCAAGAAGCACAUCCGCGUCCACACCGGGGAGAAGCCCUACCCCUGCCCCAAGUGUGGCAAGCGCUUCAGCCAGUCCUCGCACCUCUACAAACACUCCAAGAACACGUGCUUACACUGGACCGGCAAACAGCUCGGCCAAUUGGCUGACAGCCUACUGUGAGCUGGAAGGCGCCAAAGCUGAUUGGUCUUUCGUAUUGAAUGGUCUGGUGCAAGUCUGGUGCAGCUGUAGGACUUGAUUGGAUGAAAGCCUAUAGGAGCCGGGCGAUAUGGACUAAGAUACAAAUGUUGAAGCACACUUGAAUUAUUGUACUAUUUAAGAUUCUCCUGUUUUCUUUGUUUGAAACGACCAAAACAUGAUUUAAGUGUGAAUAAUUAUUUUAAAGAAAAUCUGUUUUAUAAAUUAGACUAGAAUCCAAUCAAAUAAGGUUAAUGAAUUAGUUGCCCAUUAAAUAUUUAAAAAAAAAAAAAAAAUGUAAUCUUCUCAAUCAUUUCUUACUUAUCAGAUGAUGGUCAUGGACCAUAGUGCCAAUUGGAAAUGUUGCCAAGAUAAAAAAUAUCGAGAAAAUAUUCUCUGUGAGAAUAACCUUAAACUAUUGAAAUUUGCUGAAAAUAAAUGAUGUGAUGAA